AUGAUGAGCAAGAUCGACACUCUCUCAAAGAACGACCUCGCAGUUCGACGAGCAAACGACCGCCCAGAACGUCACCCAAAGCCAGAUCAGCGAGCUACAGAACUCAAGGAGCCACAAAUCACAGAGAACGGCAACAGUGAACAUCACACCAAGACUGCAAAGAGAUUUGUUCGGAGAAUACGAUCAGCCCGAACAAGCGCCUCAUCCCGAGCCUCCAACUCCGAGCAUGAAUGCCUUGACCAACGCAAUCGCGCAGCCAACGCAACGAGCUCGGCGCCAGAGAUCGCUAGAGUCCUCAAAGAAGCGCACAACACACCAUUAUCAGAUGAGAUCGUCACUACCGUGAUCCAACCUCAGGGCAAGCUGAACAUCCAUUCUUACGACGGGCAAACCAAUCCGGCCAGGUUCCUCACCGCCUUCCACAUCGACAUGAAGAGAUACAACUUCACUCCCAAGGAACAAAAUGCCGCGUACUGCAAGUUGUUCGUAGGAAAACUGACCGAUGCCGCCCUGCAAUGGUUCUCUAAGUUGGAGCCAAACUCGAUCGAAAGCUACAAUCAGCUGACCGAGGCCUUCAUCAAACACUACUGGAUACAAAUUCGCGAAGAUGUCUCAGUCGCCGACCUCUACAGCCUACAUCAAGGAUUGAAAGAAUCUAUGCGAAGCUUCAUCGACAGGCUGACCACCCUCGAGGAUGCAUUACACCGAGCAUCAGGGUAUGUCGAGCUCGAAGAAGAUAAGACAGCCAUGACAAAAAAGUACGCAUCUCCGAAGCCCGUGCCCGGAAAAGACAAGCCACAAGAGGAGUAUCGAGAACCUCUGCAGCACUACGAUGACAAUUACAAGCAUAAUUACAAAAAGCAGGAGGAACGAAGCUUCGGAAGUUUGGCCGCGCGGAGGAGUUCCCGACGUCCAAAAGUUACGAUCUUGAUAUGGAAAGAUAGAUACUUGAGUCAUGCAUCACGUCGAAGUGGAAUGAAGCCAUUUGGAUCAACCAUGAGGCCGGAACUUAUUUUCUACCGAGACAUGUCCGGUAAGCGAGCAAACGAAGCCCAUGGAGGAUUUGGAGUGUCUAAUGGCCCGAGCAGCAGCGCCAAAGGCCUUGAUCGAAUAGAGAAGAGGCCUGGCUAA